AUGAGAGGAGGCAGAAGCUUACAAACUAAGCAAGAUUCUGGAAAUCGCGUCAAAAAGGUUGGCCCAAAUCUCAGACACACCUAGAACUUUUUUCAAAGGUGACCAAGAGAAUUGUGGCGGUCAUCCUAUUUUAUUUCCUUUGCUGGACCCCUCAAUGGACUCUCAACAUCAUGUCUCAGUUCAACCUUAUUCAUGUAGGUCAUUUUAAUAGAGUUUUGGUGCAAUUCUCGACUUUUAGGUGUCCUGGCUGACUCCUGCACUAUCCGCGAUGUUUUUCGUAGCCCACUUGUUGGUGAGUUCCUAUUUUUCGUUUUCAUUAUUGUUACUUUAGGAUAGUGUUUGAAAAAAAGAGACUCUCAAAACUCUUUUCGUCUCUGAAAAGAGGGAAAACGGUUUUUUUUUUGGACGAUUUUUCUGAUUUCUGAAGUUCAACAUCCAAAAAUUAUCGAAUGGAUUCUAGCUUGAAGUAGAAUAGUGUUUUCACUUCAUCUAUUUUUAUUGGACUCUUAAAAAUUCGCGGAACUUUCGUUGAUCAAGUACGGCGCGUAGAUCAUUUCGUCCUUCUUUUAAUACUAGCAGACGAGUUUUGAGCGUUCCGACGAUUAGCUUCUUCUCCAUGUAGGAACAGUACGACGCCCAGAUUGUCCAGGGCUGCCGGGCGUCGGAAUAAUUCUCAGGAAAGAGCGGAAAUGAGGACCGACCACUCGAAAGGUAGAAAUGAAAGAAUAUCUCUGUUGAGGUGUGCUUCAACUCGGCGGCCAACCCCGUCCUGUACGCGUUGAUCAACCGCGAACUCCGGGUUCAGCACGUGAUGGCGAUGCAGCGGAAACGACAGUCCGUCAGCCACGCCACCCACGGCGCCGUCGAGUUCGUCGCUCGUCAAGCUCACAAGUUUGAUUUUCAGUAAUAUUCAUAGAAAUUUGUUUCGUCGCAUGGUUGUAAAAGGCAUUUCAAAGUUCGGAUAUUUCCUGUCGAGCACUUAGCAUACAUUUUGUAAUCGGCCAGUUCUCAAGAUUUAAUAUUUGAUAAUUCAGUACGAAGUUAGUGAGACUUCAAAAUAUCGUCUAGGCUCAUAAAUCGCUUUGAGAAGAUGAUAUAAGGGAACCAGAAGCCCAAAUGGGACAAUUUUCCCGCUGAUUUAGUAUCUGAGCUAAAAAACUUCAACAUUAGUGGAAAAAAAAAAUGUUGAAAUUGAUCUCAUAGUUGAUCAACCUUCGUUCAAAAAAAAAGAUUUUCACCUCUCUGCAUGACUGUAAAAGCAUUCCUGAGUUGUAACCUCCAUUGUUCAGUUCAAUUUUUUAACGAAAAAUCCAUCGACAAAAACCCAAACUCAUCAAUUUUUGUGAUCAGCACGAUAGUUAACACUCCUUGUCCUCUCCAACCUCCUAACCUCCCCUUUCCAUCACCUUAGAAGCCGAAUCUCUGGCUGAUAGUGCCAUCCCACCCCGGAAUGUGUUGCAGUGUUCUAUCGCUUUCGACGACAUCGCUUUUACAACUGCGCCCUGUCGCAUUGAUGACGUCAACCCUGUCGCACAUCAAUCCACGAAGGAAUUCAGGAGCUCCACGCACUCACGACCAUCCGACGCCUUCUCCGCCUCUUCCAGAAAGCGCCCCGGAUUCUGGCUACGUCUACGAUUGAGGUUCGGGAUUUGAAAACACUGAGAAGACUGACUGCAAAGAAAAAACUCUGAGAAGGUUUAUAAAGCUUCUAAUUAUGAAAUUAUAUGCUAUUGAAAGUAGAAUUCAAAAGAAAGUCAUCAUGGCUGACUUGUCUGCGCCCUCUAUCCCUUCAUUAACGCUGUCAGUGAUCAAGAGGGCACAGACAAGUCAGAAUGAUUAAAUUAUGGUGUAUAAUCUCUUUUCACAGUCUUGUGUACUCUAGGAUUGAAAGUUUCAAAAAACAGGCUCUCAAACUUUCUGAGUGGGAUACUAUAGAAGCUGAAGAGAUGCAGAUCUCUUUCUCUCUAACACAUCUUCGGCAACCGUGCUGUCUCGCUAUCUGUCGACAGAGUAACUUACAAUCUUCAGAAAGAGUGUUCCAUUUUUUUUGGCGCAAAAUGAAGCUCUGACAAGAAUCAUGUUGAUAGCAAAAUAGAAACCAAAAUGUUCGAAAAACCACAUUUUGAAUAAAUCGGAAAGUUUCCAAACGCGCAGUAGUUCAAAAUUAUCAACAACAACCUACUCUCUGAAAUAAUUUCUUUUUGAAAUCUCAUUUUUAGGUUGAUUACUUUGAAGACGUCGAUCUUAGCCCAAAAACGGGUCCCGCAAGUCGUUCUGAGCACUGACGUCCGUCGGAAUAUGGUUCAGAGAAUUUUUUGACGAAGCGUAUUCGAAAAAAAAUUUCCAGGGUCUGCAUGAGUCCAAUUCUUUGGUUGAAUCCGUCGAAACUGGCGACGAGUUUUUAUGA